GUAGAGGGUGGAUCACCCGCAAGUCGUGCGUUCACCUCGCGCCGCGACGACAGGGCGCCGUAACGUGCCGCGAAAGGAUACAAAAAUACGAAUAUCAAACUGCAAUUAUACAGUUUUAACACUAUUUUUGUAAAAUUAUUGAUAACUUACCAAAAAUAUGCAUCUGAAUUGACUCUUAUUUUCGGUUUUUUGAACUGCUAUGUGAUAAAUUUGAAUAUUUUUGUAUUGCACUUGCUUUUUUUUAUUAGAGAUAAAACACCAAAAACUUUAACAACAAACGAAACAACAACAAAGCAACUUGUAAUAACUAGUGUGAUAAUUAAUGGUGGAAUUAGGAAGAACUUAUGGGCACGUGACAUUCAUUGAAAGGCUCCCGGUGUAUUUUGGAGGCUAAGUUGAUAGUGAUUCGGGCACUUAGCUAAACAUAUGGGUGUUUAUUAUCUGGCAAGUGGGUGUGUAAAGAUCUGAAGUAUGGAAAUUAGUUUAGUGCGAUUGCUCGUGGAGUUUCUCCGAGCCCGUUAGCCUGUGACAUUGCAUCCUCUGUUAGGAGUUGAGGAUCACCGAGGAGGGUGCUCUCUCUGGCAGAAGCUUUCGGUGGAAAGGGCGUUUACCGCACGACGACCAACUGGAGGACGUCACGGGGUUAGUUGCCUCGUGACCGUGGUUAGUGACACAUACACAUACACACAUUUUUCACUGUUAUUACUACUACUCAAGCUCAAAUAGAAGAUAUUUCACUUUUUUUUGACAUUGUCAUUAGCGACAUAUUCUGUCGGAUAUUUGAUGUUUUAUGGUGCCCUUUUGGGAAUGUUUUCAUAAAAAUUUCACGCUGACAGGAUUUGUGAUCCGACGUGUGUAAGCGAUGAGGUGUUGGGAUCAAAAGUUGAUUGAUGAGGGCUUUCAGGUUCAGGGAAAACUAAAUUAAUAUUAAUGGUAAAGAGUGUCAUCGGUUCCAUGUUUAAUUACUGAUAAUAAUAAUAACAAUGAGAAGGUAACCUGUUAAUUAGGUGGUUGAUGAAGGGAAAGGCAAGGAUUUGUUUUCGAUGUUUUAAUGCGUGGUGUUAAAUUGCCGUGACGUGAGUGACCGGUCACUCCCAAGUGAUCGAAAGUAAAAGGUAUAACUUGUUUAAUUUUUUGACAAACGCCCAUGGGAAAUCAGUUUGCUCGAUUACUAUUGUGAUCGAAGUUGUAUCGAGGAGAAGUUAAUUCCCGACAUUUAUCACCACGAGGAAGAGGAGGAGGACGCAAAGGAGCUAUGUGAUACCGAUUAUGUUCUAGUGCUUGAAAGUUUAUCUGUAAUAAGUAUAAGUGUUAAAGCUUUGAGUGUUACGAUUUUGAUUUGGUGAUUCCAAUUUUUUGGAGUAAGUGAUUGUUUUUGUUGAAUUUAAAUCUUUGGUGGUUUUCAAGGUGUAGGAGGGAGGAGUAACCUUGAUUUCCUCUGGUUUUAUUUGAGAUUUAAGAUAAACUCGUCAGGGCGUGGCUGGAAAAUAAUUUACAGGGACGUCAACCAGUCCAGUGAACGCAGUGUCAACUGGGACGAGAAAACUCGACUGAAAUUUAACAAGAUUGACAAUGACAUUGACGGAAUAGCGGAUGGGUUAUUUUAUCGGUACUGGGGUGUUGUAUAAAACAUACAACACAGUGCUUUUAUCAAAAAUGUGUUUCUAUUUGUGCUGAGCUUGUGCGCGGUAAUACUACGAAUUUUCGGUUUCCGAAUUGUCGAAACUAUGAAAUGUUUGUGAAAACUAUUAGUUUAAUUUGAUGUCGAGUAGCUUUAAUUACUAGACGGCGCUCAAACGAAAGUUAAUUGGCAGUAAUUUAUAAUAUAAUAUAUAUGCCUGGAUGUCGAUUUAUUAAUCACAUUAAAGGGUCGUUUAUUGAUAGAACAUUAGAACUCAUGAAGAGUCACUGGGAUCAAAAUGUUUAUUUAAAAGAAAUAUUUGCUUGAUAAAUAGAAUCAACAGCUAUGUUCUUUGCUGACUCGUUUAUAUUGAUACGAUAGUUAUCGGAAAAUGAAUUUAUAAAUGAAUAUUAUACUUUUAAAGUACUGUUCAACAAAUAGUAACAAAAAGAUUGAAAGAAAUAAGAGAAAAAGUAAGCAAAGAGAAAAUUCCAGUCGAGUGUAAAUUCAAAAUCAACUUUAUGCUGUUUACAAAAGCAUGAAACUUAUCACGACAAAAAGCAUUCUUCAUAAAUCUAUUUGUGCGUUGAAAAAGAAGACGAGUAAGGAGAGAAGAGCAAAGAGAAUAAAAAUAUCGGUAAAAAAAGUUCAACAAGAUCUACCACUCUCCAUCUAUCUUUGGAAUUAAAUAAUUCUCUUUGCCCGGCGUACGUUUGAAAACCAGAUAUUAUAUUCUUUGAAGCAUUACUACCCUGACUCGGGAGAAUCGAUGAAAAAAUUAUCGAGUUGAAGUUGGUCCAAAAAAAGCUGAAGAUUUCCAAUAAUUCCUCAACUGCACUCUAAAAAUUUCAUCCAUUGACUAGAAAAAUUUCUCACACAACAUAGAGCCGAUUAAUUUUGGCUUCGUUUAUGUUGUUACGAUAAGUCAAUCCAAGUGGCUUGCAAGCCGGCACAGUGUGUGGAUUAGGGCGAAUCCUCGGCUACAUCGGCGGAAGACCGUCGGUGGGGGCCGCAAUGUCACAGUCAGGUUCCGGAGACCACCACAAUGGCACUGUCCAGACCGAAAACGGCGACACACAGCACCAUCAGUCUAAUGGUCCAAGCCAAAACGGGAUCAAAGCUGAGUCCAAAGCUGACCUAUCAAACGGCUUCGAGAAUCGGACUGUCGACUAUGAACGCAGUGUCCCAAACGUUGUAUCAGUGCAGCAGGUGCCAUCAAUGGCUCCAGAUUACCCAUCAGUAUCCCAACCAGGUGUCUACCCAACUCCCGGACGACUGGCUCAACCACUUCCAGAGGAUCGACAGCAGCAGCAGUAUCAGGACAAGUCCGGGUUGGAGCACCACGUAUCGCAAACGGCAACUCAGACCCUGCCGGUGCAAAUCCAGCCACACUUUGUUCCGGAUUUUGUCUCUGAUCAGAGUCAGAGCCAGUACCCGCAAGCUCGUGGUCAAUUUGAGGUCAGAUCGCAGAUGUACAACCAGCAGGGUCAAUACGGAGAUCGCGUGGGAUACGUGACAAGAGACGUCACGUACAGGGAUUCAUCGCUUUACGCUCACGCUCAAGGCACCGGUAAUCCAGUGUUUACCGGAGCCAAUGCUGGGUAUGUAACAGUCCAGCAUGCUUCUCAAUUGCAGCACGCAUCACAGUCGGCGAGUCCCCAACCGGGUUUUUAUCCAGGUGUGAUAAUGACCGCCCAGCCUUCUGUGUCCCAGAGUUAUGGCCAAUUUGCUGGACAAUCACAGUAUACCUACGGACAAUAUCCACAGACUUUGAUUAAUCCGAUACCAUACAAUCCACAUGCCCCUAUGUACACGGCUCAGCAGUUCAAUCAACAAACUUCCCCUAAUCCGCAGAGAUACUCUCAGGAGGUAUCCCAAUAUCAAGGUCAGCCCAUCAUCCAGCCGAUUUCACAAAACGUUAUUGCGCCGGUUGACAGAUCUGUUAACAGCAGUACAACACGUGGCCCCAAGCCGAUGGUACCGCCUCGGAUCAACUCAAAGAUCUCGAGCGACUCUGGAAAUCGAAAAUCAAUCACCGAGAUCCCGGUGGCCAAACCAGUCUCUACUACUGUUACUGUUAAUUCUAAUGCAAAUGCUGGUGCUGUUUCUGUUGCUGCUAUUAACGCCAGUACUGUUACUGGUAUUGUUCCAGCUAAUGCUGGUGUUAACCAAAGUGCACCUCCCAUUUCACAAGAAUCAGCAACUCCCAUUUCUGUAUCAGACAGUCGAUCUUUUCCAGCGCCGGUUAAUCAAACUCCCCGAACACGCCAGGACGGUUUGUACAUCGAUUCGAGCGCAGAUCAGUCAACAAGGGACACGAUUGUCGACACGAUACCCAACGAAUGCCUAUAUGUUUCCCGAAACGAACAUCGCAAAUCUGUAUCCGACGUGACUACUGCUAGUUUUCCUCGUAGAAAUGACACUAUUACUUUCACCUUCCCAGGAGAUACUGGAGACACGUCUCUGUUGACCGCGAGAAAACCUCCAUCUGGACUGAGCGACAAAAAAUGGGCUGCCGAUAAUAUGAGCCAGAUUUUCCAGACCGACAAUAAACGUGAUCCAGUUCUCAGAGUAGCGACGGUUCCCUACGAUAGACAGGAAAAUCGGAAGAGCGUGAUGUCCGACAUAACCAACAGGAAACCUGAGUGGGGGAAUGUCAGCCCUAAUCAACGUCCGAAUCCAGUUAUCACCCAAGAAAAUCGGCGAUCAGACUACUUUGAGGAACAUCGGCGGUCUCCUAUGCCUGUGAUUGAUCAGAAGCGCAUGGAUGACUUGAGACGAUCCCCUAUGCCUUUCAUAUCAGUUCGCGACAGCUCCUGUGAGAGAGUCGCUCAGAACAGCCCUUCGUACCCGAUCCCAGCCAAUCAAAACUUCGAGAAAACUAGGCAGGAACUUGUUAUCUGGGCUGAGCAGAGACAGCGUCACGAAGUCGAGCGAACCAUGCAUCCAAAUCCGAUCUUUGCGACUAGUCCUCGCUCCCGAAAUCCCUCGGAAGAGCGUAGGGUGAUGAUUCCGCUGGAUGAGCAGCGAAACAAAGACAUCAGGGUUCCCCAAGUAGCGUUCCAGCCGAUUCCCAACAUCAGUCAGAACACGAUUAUGGAGCAGCGACGGCAUCUGAGGCAUGUCAGCGCGGAUCUUACCAAACACAUGGAGCUCUCCAGGAAGGAUUUCGAGGAUCAACCGAUCUCUGGAUCUGUUGCGAAUCUGGGCCCUGGUGUGAGUACCAGCUCGUCUCAGCGUGCCAGCCCGAAUUUGUGUCACCAGUUCCCAGCAAUGAGCGAAGCCAAGCUAGACACUAAGACGCUGCUAACUGUUGUUACGGAUUUCCCCGGUGAUAAUCCAAUGAAGCCGCUUGAGCAAACCGACCACAUAAUCCACAGCCACAAGAAAAGCCACAAUAUAUCGGCAUGCUUGUUAACGCACAGCAAGAGCCAGGUUGAGAAUUUGCAGUCUAGUUCGGGGUUGGGAGACAUGCCGGAUAAGACAGAAUGCAACCAUUCUCAACAACAACAGCAGCAUCAACAGCAACAUCAACAACAAAGUUUAGAUAUGAUUGCAGAGAAGCUCAGCCAGUUUGAGAGGCAGCAAAGUGACCUUCAGGCGCGGCUCCAGUGCUUACAGAACCAGAACCACCUUUUGGACCAGGUUGCUCAUCAUCAGUAUCAGCAUCAGCAGAGCGAUCUGCAGUCACGACUCCAAUGUCUCCAGGAUAGACAGGCCACUGAAAAAUCUCUGAGGCAAGCGAUCGAGCUCCAGCAAAAGAACGCCUUCAAUGACAUGCACCACAUGCAGAUGAAGGCCCUCGCGGACCAGGUUAUUGACCAGCAGCAGCAUCAGCCUGGGGAGCCACUGAGCAAGCAAAUGAUGGAUCAGCAUCUACUGAAUCGUAAUUCGGCGUAUCUGUCAGCGGGGUUCACCAAUCAAAUGUGUCAAUCACUGACGUCCGAGAGAUUAUCACCGCGCAUUCAAGUCGAGACUGAGUUGGAGCGCUCACAAAUUACAUUGCCGACUAACUCCCAGUUUGAGAGAAACGACGGGACACGCGGCUCACACCAGUAUCGAUUGAUGUGCCAGUCGGCUGACGCGCCAGACAACAUUGUUGCUAGUUGUCCCUCUUCUGCUUCGUCUUGUUCAUCCUCGAAUACUAUUAAUGUGACCUCUGGGGCUUCUGCCACUGGGGUCACUUUUUCUGGAACUCUCAAGAAAGUUCCGCCUGAGAAACCGCCCAGGACCUCGCUUAUUGUUCAGUCACCCGAGACAGAGAGCAACAGGAGCCAACCCGCCAUAGGACUAAAGCACACGCCGAAAUCAAGGCCGACAAUAUUUGGAACCGUAGCGUCCGACCUUAAUCCCAAGGAUGGCAACAGUCGAAGGAGCUUACCGCAGACUCCGGCCGGAGGCGUGGGUGGAAAGGGACUGGGAAGUGGAUGUGGCGCCGGCACAGGUCCUGGAAUGGUCAACGGUGCUGCCGUCGACCAUCAGGACAUUCGGGACGGCGUCGCUAUAAACACGGAACACGCAUUAGUUUAUCGUGACGGGAAUCUAGUGUCAGGAUCAUUAGAAGCACUAGUACAACAUAUGGUACCAACAGAAGACUAUUACCCGGACCGAGCAUAUCUCUUUGCGUUUCUGCUGAGUGCGAGGCUCUUCAUCAAGCCCCACGAGCUUCUCGGCGAGGUUUGUGCAUUAUGCGAGCAUCAGCAGAACCUUAAUGGGGAGGGUGGAAAAGAGCGGCUGCAGCGUUUUGUACCGCGACUGGUGCAGCUUCUUGCAGAGUGGACCGAGACCUUUCCAUACGACUUUCGAGACGAGCGAGUAAUGGGUCACGUGAGGUCUAUCACCCAGAAAGUCGCUGCCGUGGACGCUGCUGCGCGUCAAGAAGUGUCGGCCCUUCUGCAAAAUUUAUUGCUACGUCUAACGGCACUUGAACGGUACGAGGAGGGGUUGUCUAGACUUGCCACCGAAGCUGCUACCGAACAACUCACUCAGGUUGAUGUAACAGAACUAUGUCCAUCAGCAACAGUGCUGGCACAACAAUUGACCCACGUCGAGCUGGAGAGACUCUCGUACAUCGGUCCCGAAGAGUUUGUACAAGCAUUUGCCAAGGAGUCGCCCCAUCUAGAGACCUCCUUCAAAGACAUGAAGAAGACGAGGAAUUUGGAGUCGUACGUUCAGUGGUUCAACAGGCUGAGUUACUUCGUUGCCACCGAAGUUUGCAAACACGCCAAGAAGAAACAGCGAGUCCGCGUCGUGGAAUAUUGGAUCGAAACGGCCAGGGAAUGCUUCAACAUAGGAAACUUUAAUUCCUUAAUGGCCAUUAUUGCUGGAUUAAACAUGUCGCCUAUUUCACGGCUAAAGAAAACUUGGUCAAAAGUCCAGUCAGCAAAGUUCUCUAUUCUGGAGCAUCAAAUGGACCCGAGCAGCAACUUCAGCAGCUACCGCAGCACUCUCAAAGCAGCAAUGUGGCGAAGCGUCGGCGCUACCGAUGAAAGACAGCGAAUUGUGGUUCCUUUCUUCAGUUUGCUUGUAAAAGAUCUCUACUUCCUCAACGAGGGAUGCAGUAACAAACUUCCAAAUGGUCACAUCAACUUUGAAAAGUUUUGGCAACUUGCCAAACAGGUGACUGAGUUCAUAGCAUGGAAGCAGGUGGCUUGUCCUUUUGAGAAGAAUUCACGGGUCAUUGCUUUUCUACAAGCAAGUCCAGUACUAACUGAAAAUGCUCUUGCCUUGGCUUCCUUUGAGUGCGAGCCACCUGACAACAAUCCCGAGAAGGAACGUUAUAAAGCUUUAAAGUCCGAUUUGAACGCUCAGUGAAAAAGAGCUAGCGCCGAAUGGGAAAGAUACUGAAGUAGAUACGUAUACAUUAAUAAUGAUAAAAGUAAUAUUAAUAUUAAUAAUAAUAAUAAUGAUAUAUAAAGACAAAAUAAUAUUCAUGAAUAUAUCAAGAUUUAAAUACGCCAGGCUGAUCAAAGUCGAGUGAGCCAAAUUUGAAGCCUGAUUAUAAAACUACAAACACGUCGUACUAUUUUAAAACAGUAUCAAUUUUAAUAUGCAUUAAAAAUUUAAUAAGUAUGCAUUUAUCUGCUUGGAAGUAUCUCAAAGUAUAUUUAUUUAACUUUUUUUCAUUGCUUUUAACUCACUCAUUUUAUUAAUAUUUCGAGAGAGCUUACGUUGAAGGAAAAUAAAUUAAUACAAAUAAAUUAUUACUUUCUUGAGGUUUUUAAUAAUUUUGAGAUACUAUCAAGUUGAUUAUUUUACUGUACAUAAAAAAUUUUUGAUAUACGCUCCUAUGAUAUAUUAAUAUAUAUAUAUUAAUAGCGAUAAAAGUAAUUUUAAUGAAAAGUAAACUCUACUUUAUAAAUUAUACUGAGUUUUUAUAAUAUAAAAAUUCAUUUUUAUUAUUUAUAUUUAUAUUUAAUAGUGAUAAAAAAAAAACUCUCUCUAAGUAUUAAAUUAGUAUUAUAGUUUCAAUUACAUUGAUUAUUAUAAUUACUAUUGAAAUUCAAGUCAAAAGCCGAUAGACGAUAAUUAAUUUAUAAAAUUACCAGCAGAUUAAUUAAUCCACGUUGAAAUAAAAAACAAACAAGAAAAGAUUAAUAGUAAUAAUAAUACUAUACGGAAACAGAAAUAAAAAAAAAGAAUUUUUUUAUUGAAAAUAGGGACCAAGAGUAUUCUCCUUGGGAUUAAAAAAUACGUGCGAUUAAAACCGUGAUUACAAACACAACAACGAGAUUAAAAUGUCUAAAUCAGUACCAAAUAACACCAGUCAAUCGUAUUUUGAAGAUUACAAAAAAAAAAAAAAAACAUGAAUAAGUAAUUAAAAUAAGUAAUCGAUAUUUAAAAAUCGCAGAUGUCACUAUUCACUACACUAAAAAGAAGAAAGUAAAAAAUAAAAUAAAAUGAAACGAAUAAUUAACUUGAAAAUAAUAUUUUUUAGUCUUAAUUAAAUUAAAUGUGAAUUUAAAUAUCAAAAUAUGUAUCUGGCACAUUGCCCGAAAUAUAUUUUUCAUUUAAAAUUUAUCGAGCCCUACUAAUCAUAUGCACGUUAUCGAAAAUUCAAUUUCAAUUAUCAAUAACAAGAGACCAUUUAUAAAAUAAUAAUAAUAAUACUAUUAAUAUAUAUAUCGUUCAAUGUAGACAUCGAUAAAUUCCCAUUGUCCGUAUCAAUGGCGCUACCGGAUCAAUGUAACCUAAAAUUUUAUAUUUAUACUAUUAUUUCGUCCUUUAUAUUAUUUUAAGUUAAAUUUAUUAUAUUUAUUAGAGUAAAAUUUAUUUAUUUUUUUAUUGACAAGCUUUUAAACGUGCAUUUUUAUUAUUUUUUUAUUAUACAUUUAUUAUUGAAUAUCUGAAUAAAUAAAUUAAAAGUCGGCCAAAUCCGUUCUUUAUAUAUCAACGGACCGCUAAGAAAUAAGUAAGCAAUUACGUCAAUCUCUUUUUAUCAUACUUAAUACAAGUAAAAAUAAUAAUAUUAAUAUUGAAAAAAAAAUACAUGUCUUAUAGUACUGAAUUAUAAUGAGACGCAAUUAGCGAUUCUGUAAAUAGUAAAAAAAAAAUAAUAUUAAUAUCUUAUAAACGCGAUAAUUAAGCUGAAAAAUAUAAAAUUAGGACGUAAACGAAUGAACGAGUCUGUUAGAGUAUACAUAAACAUAAAUAAUAUAAAUAUGAAUAUAUACACAUGUAUUGACGUAUGAACUCGACACGAAAUAAGUAUAAAAAUAGACACUUAAAAUAAAGUGAGUAUCGUAAAUAAACUGCACGAGAGUCUGAAUGUCUCAUGAAGUUGGUGAACAUCUGAAAUAGCUGUUUGUUUUCUAGUCACUAGUUAUUAGUUAUGUCAUUGAUAUAUUAUACAUGUAUUUGAGCAGUAAACAGGCGAAAUAAUUUUUUUUUAAUUUUAAAAAUACAUCCAAGUAUUUUUAUUUGUAAUAAAUAUUAUUAAUAGACUAAAAUAAAAUAAUUAUAAAUUAUUAUUAUACUAUAAUUAUAAUUGAUUAAACGUUAUAUAAGUUAUAGGGAUUUAAUUUUUAAUUAAACGGUAUAUUUUUGAUCCCCACAUUCCACGUGAGUGACACUCUAUUUAAAAAGUAAAUACAAAGUAUAUUAAAGGAUAUUAAAAUAAAUUUAAAAAAUAUAAAUUGCUCGUUCGCACGUACAAAUAAACAUUAUUAUAUACAUUACGGAUGUUGUUAUUUAUAUUUCAUCGCGAAAAUGAUAUUGCUGAGAGUUAUAUGGACUAAAACGUUGAAUAAAAAAUAAAACCUCAUACCGUUACUGAUAAAUGGAUUCUAUAUACAUUUACAUUUUUAUAUAUAUAUACAUAUACGUUAUAUACGAUAUGUAUGUAUAU